AUGGCAGAAGAUAAAAAGAGAUUCCGCGUCAUUAUCGUUGGUGGCUCUGUCGCGGGUCUUACCCUUGCUCAUUGUCUGCUGAAGAGCAAUAUCGAUUUCGUUGUUUUGGAGUCUCACGAUGAUAUUGCGCCAGCGGUGGGUGCUUCAAUAGGCAUAAUGGCCAAUGGAGCUCGCAUCCUUGAUCAAUUGGGAAUGUUUGAUGACGUCUUGGAUGCUGUUGCGCCUUUGUCACACUCAAUGUACUUUGGAGAUUCUGGAAAUCUUUUGGCCAGCUCUGACGGACCAAAAAUAGUUGAGGAAAGACAUGGCUAUCCAAUUACGUUCCUUGAUCGGCAGACUCUCCUCCAAAUUUUCUACACACAUUUAGAAGGAGACCAAGAGAAAGUCUUAACAGGCAAGCGGGUUAUUCAAGUUGAUCAUCACAGUACGGGUGUCGUUGCUCAUUGUGAAGAUGGAUCCUCUUAUGAAGGGGAUCUGAUAGUGGGAGCGGAUGGAGUUCGCAGUACUGUGAGAAAGCUGAUGUGGAAUCAUAUGGAGUCUGCGGGGCUGAGGCAGCAAGUUGAAAAGGAGAGAACAACCAUGACAUCUGAAUAUGACUGUGUUUUUGGCAUAUCAGACCCGUUGCCAGGACUUAUUCCUCGCCAAUCUUACCGCACGUUUGGCGAGGGGUACUCAAUCCUCGUCAUCGCGAGCAAGGAUGGUCGAGUUUAUUGGUUCUUUUUUACCAAAAUGGACCGCAAGUAUCUUGCUCAUGAAAUUCCGCGGUUCAGUCAGCAGGAUAUUCAUAAACACAUGGCUCAGUGGCUACAUAAGCCAGUCACAAGCUCUGUCACUCUGGGCGAUGUCUACAACAAUGCCUCUGUUAAAACUCAUCUUGCCUUGGAGGAAGCAAACUUUCAGCUUUGGUGCAAGGAUCGUUGGGUUUGCAUAGGUGACUCUAUUCACAAAAUGACCCCAAAUGCUGGAUAUGGCGGGAACAGUGCCAUUGAAAGUGCCGCAUCACUCACAAAUUAUUUGACUCAACUAUUGCAACAUAAUGCUUCGCCCGAAACCGAGGAUAUAGAUAUGUGUCUUACAAACUGGCAAACUCAUCGCCAGGUGCGACUCGCAAAAGUUUGGCAAUCCUCUCAUGAUUUGACUCGGCUGGAGGCAUGCGAAACGUUCAAGGAUCGAAUUAUUGCUUUGCACUUGCUCCGAUUCCUCAGUAACACCAUGAUCAACAGAGGCUCAGCAAUUGUUGUCGGCGCGGAAAGAGUUGAGUCGUUACCGCUUCCUUCCCGAUCUUUAAGAGGCACAAUGCCCUUCUUAAACGGGGUCGAGAUCACAGAGCAGCCUCCUGCAUGGGAACGAGGCCUUAGGUGCCUACCUUUACUGGCAUGUCUCGGCGCUGCUGGGGCUACCAUGAUACCAUCCGCCGCUCGUUUUAAGACUUUCAUGGGGCCUAUUUUUGCUCAAGGCUUGUGGACAGCAAAGAACGGAGACUCCUUUAGUCUUCAGCGACAAAUAUCUCCUUUUUCUUUUCUUGAUAAGCUUUUGAAGCCAUACAUCACCUGUUUUUUGCCUUCGAUCAGCGGUCAUGACCCGGUGUCAAGAGUCCAGAUGCUCUCAUUCAUAACUGAUCUUGGGGCAGUUUACGGCAUUUGGUUGCUAGACAACUAUCGAAUUUCAAAUGGUUUCACUGACGCUCUGCUUCCUAUUACCGUUGGUGUUGUGGUGCAACUGAAGGGCGCUGGGAUUUUUGCCCCAGUUUACUACAUCUUGGACCACCUUCGUGCCCCUAUCUCACGCUUGAUAUCAGGGGGUGGUCACGAAGUGAAUGCGAAAACAGCAAUUUCAGUUGUUGUUGGGCUGCUGGCAGGUUAUUAUCUGCCAAGCUAUCAAGGCUUCACCACGUCCACGCUUCAGUCCCGGGGAUGGUGGAACGCAGUCUGGCAGGUCUUCCCCAUCGCAGUACCCGUAAUUGCAGGUAUAUCCUCUCGGAUCCAGGGAGCAAUCUUGAAAAAUCACGAUAAGCCUGAGCAAGCGAAGCGACAGGAAAGCUCCCGGAAUAUGACCACCAUUCGAUGCACAUAUAUCGGUCUUGCAGCCAUAUCUGGCUUGACUUGGAUUCAUGCACUUCGAUCAGCACCAGCAGGUGCUUCGAUUUCGAGUAUCUUUUGGCCUGGCAUGAAUCCUCACUCCACCCCAGUCACAUCAUUCGUGGAUGGAAUUGCCCAUUUCUUGAAGUACGAUCAGCUAUGGUUCAUGGCAAGUGGAUUUGUUAGUCUGGGACUAAGACUAGAGGAGUUGAAACAGCGUGGAGCGAACUUCUCCUGGUUCAAUGUGACUAGUUCGUUAGUGGGAGCUACUGUGGCGCUUGGGCCGGGAUCGGCUUUCGUUCUUGGAUGGGGCUGGAAAGAGGAACUCCUGAAUAGGCUGUCUUUGCGAUCGACACCGACCGUUUAA